AGUCACUAAAGCAGUUGUUAUAUAACGAAAUAGUCGUCUAUUAGAAUCGCAGAGUCUGUAAUAGAAGAUUAAGCAAGUAUUAUUAUUGUGUUAUUGCACUCGAAGACAAAUACACGCGUCUCAAGAGUUCGUGUUGGUUUUGAUGUGUCUAAAUAAUAAUAUGUGAUAAUUCGAGUUCAGUGACCGGUUUAUGAGAUGACGCUUACAGGUUUGAUAAUAUUGUCGGUGUUGUUGCACGUCGAUGCAUACUUUGCCGACAAUAAAGUAAUAGGCACUUUAUAUAGAUGGAAACAGAUUGAUUUUGAAUAUCCUACACCAGAAGAAAGGCAAGCUGCAUUAGAUAAUGGUGAAUUCAUCCAGCUAAACGUGAUUCCGUUGGGUGUAGAGCGUUGGCAGAAUCGCGUUUUUGUGAGCACACCGAGAUGGAAAAAAGGAGUACCAGCCACCCUAUCAUCACUGCCAACAGCUAGUCAAACUGAAUCUUUACCUCUCAAACCUUUUCCGAGUUGGACUUGGCACAAUGCAGAUAAUUGCACCGGAUUCACUUCGGUGUUCCGUAUGAACAUAGACCACUGCGGUGUCAUGUGGGUCCUGGAUUCUGGUCAAGUUGAAGCUUUUGAGACGCCACGCCAGCUCUGCCCGCCGACGCUAUUCGCUAUAGAUCUGAAAACCGAUACCGUACUAAACCGCUAUCCGAUACCCCAAGAAUUUGUUUUACAAAACUCUCUGAUUACCAACAUUAUAGUCGACUCCAGAGAUGCACUCUGUGACGAUGUACACGUUUAUAUCGCCGACGCCUGGCGUUUUGGUUUAAUAGUAUUUAGAGCGGCAGACGCAGCUUUCUGGAGAUUCAAUCAUUAUUCUUUCUACCCCGAACCCUUACUGUCAAAUUAUACCUUACAUGGUCUAAAUUACCAAUGGUCAGAUGGUUUAUUCGGGAUGUCACUAGGAAAAUAUCAAAACGGAGAUCGUCCUUUAUACUAUCAUUCCAUGUCAAGCUCAUUAGAAUUUGUUGUAAGUACCUCUGUAAUUAGAAACCCAUCACGUGUUUCUGAUUCGGUGAGCGAAUUUAAGCUUCUUGGAGAGUCUCGAGGCGCCGAUGGACAAGUAUCAGCCGCAGCUGUAGACCGCAACGGUAUCAUGUUCUUUAACCUCAUUUCGAAAGACAGUAUCGGAUGUUGGAACACAAAUAAACCCUACCUAAGAGAGAACCUAUACAUUGUUGCAAGAAACAAUGCAACUUUAGUAUUUCCGAAUGAUUUACGCAUUGACCAUGAAGUACCUCAAACCGUUUGGAUAAUUACAAAUAGGUUGCCCUUUUAUCAGUUUAACUUGAUAGACCCAAAUAAAUAUAAUUAUCGAGUGAUGUUUUUAGAUCCAGUAGCAGCAGUACAGCAUAAUGUUUGCGAUAAUUAUUAGAAUUCAUAUUACUUUUCCAAUGUUACAGUUCUAUAAACUAUUUUUUUCAUUUGCGUAGAAAUGUACGCGCUACAAAAUUGUUCUUCACUAAUCAAAUUAUUUGUGAUAAAAUUGAACUAAGUAUAUAGACUUACAGUAGAAUAUAAAGAUGCUUUAUUGAUAUAUACGAAAUAAAUUGACAUUUUUGAUA